AUGAAAAUUUCACGUCUCGAACUUCUUUUGGCGACAAUAUUUCAUAAUUUAAAUAAGCGAUUACCUACUGCUCAACACAUCAAUACUGACAAAUCGAUUUCACUUCUUCUUAGCUUCCUUAUUGGUGCUUAUGACAAACAACAUACGGGUCGUUUAACGGUUUUUUCGAUCAAAAUCGCUCUUGCAACGAUCUGUGCUGGAAAAUUGGUUGAUAAAUUGCGUUAUGCAUUUUCGCAAAUCUCAGAUCCAAAUGGUGUUAUGGAUAUUGAUAAGUUUAAUGAUUAUCUUCAGCAAGUAUUGGCAUUAGCCACGGCAGUUUUUGAAGGCCCAACAUUUGGUUUUUCUGAAGCUGCUGUUGAACAAUGUUUUUCAAAAGAUCAGAAAGUCACUUUAAAUAUAUUUCUCGACACAUUUAUGUCAGAUCCUUGUCCAUCAUGCCUCAUGUGGUUACCAUUGUUGCAUCGAAUGGCUAGUGUUGAACACGUUUAUCAUCCUGUUGUUUGUGAUGCCUGCCAAGUUCGAUCAUUUACCGGCUUUCGCUAUAAAUGUCAACGUUGUACGAAUUAUCAACUAUGUCAACAAUGUUUUUGGCGUGGUCGGACCAGCUCAACACAUUCCAAUGAACAUGAAAUGAAAGAAUAUUCUACCUAUAAAUCUCCUACGAAACAAUUGGCACAUUCAAUUCAUAAGUCUUUACGGUGUAUGCCUGUGGUUAACAGACCGCUACAUCCUGUUUUUCCUGACCAUCCACAACGACCACUUGAUUUAACAAAUGUUGUCCCAGUGACACCAACAUCAUCGCGGCAUUGUCUUUCCGACCAUCAAAUUAGCGAAUGGUCAUGUUAUAUGUUGCCUGGUCAAUUCCCUACAAAUGGUUUAGCAAUGGACGAUGAGCACAAAUUGAUUGCACGGUAUUCCGCUAAAUUAUCAGGAAGAACGCAGUAUCCAUCGAAUACAGCAAAGGAACGGUCAAUUGCCAUAGAAGAAGGAAAUUUCUCAGAACGAGCCAUGAUUGCCAAAUUAGAAGAAGAAAACGGUGAAAUGUUAAGAGAGAUGGAACUUAUCAAACAACAGCAGGUUCUUUUUGUGUUUUUAUUAAUUAAGCAUUUUAUAAUUACGCAUUAA